CUCAGCCUUGCCAAAUACCUUAAUGGGCUGAGGAGAGAAAAUCCUGUGAGUAGAAAUACCUGAAACAUAGAGCAUUGAGUUUGUAAAAUUAAUUUGACUGGAGAAACAUCGCCUGUUUGCCUUGACUGAUGGAAAAAUCAGCCCUUCGCAUCAUACUCUAACCUACAUACGCAGCAGAGCACUUCUUUUGCAGGCUUUAUCGUCUGAAUGAGAAAUUAAAGCCAUUUCCAUUAAAAAAAAAAAAAAAAAAAAAAGAAAAAAAGAAAAAAAGACUAAAAAUAGAUAAAGGCAGACGAGGUUGAAGCGAGUUUAAGGCCGGCGGUGCACCAGGCGCCCGGCCCUGCCCACCGGCCGCGCUGCUGAGGGCGCGGCGGGGGGCGCUACUGCGCAUGCGCCCCCUCCCUUUUGUGCGGCUCUCCCCGCUUCCCGCCCUUCGCUCGCGGUGGGAGCUGCUGAGGCGGGGCCGCGUCCUGUCGCGCCUGUCGGGCUCUGUCGCCGGGGAGAGGCGGUGAAAAACGGAAGCGGGUUUCUCUGGAAAAUCGUUGAUAAAUACACAACUGUGAUUUGAAGGUACUUCUGUCAGCUAAAGCAGUCGGAAGAGGAUCUGAUGGCACCAUCGGGAAGAAAGCAUGGAGGCAAAGCUGGUAAAGCAGCACAGGAAAAUCAAGCCAUACCUGCCUAUGACUUUGAGGAGGGAAGAAAAGAGUUGAGUGGAUCAGAGGAAGAUAUUAGAGAAGGUGAAACACCGGUAAUGGACAAGCAUGGAAAGAAAAGACCUUUGGUGACUACUCAUGUGGUUCCAGAUGAUGUGGGGGGUGAAGUACAGAAUAUGCUGGAAAGAUUUGGAGCUGAUAUUAACAAGGCUCUCAUAGCUAAGAGGAAACGGUUAGAAAUGUAUACAAAAGCCUCACUCAAAACCAGUAACCAGAAGAUUGAACAAGUUUGGAAAACACAGCAGGAGCAAAGGCAGAAGCUCAAUCAUGAGUUCUCCCAGCAGUUCCUGACUUUAUUUCAGCAAUGGGAUGUAGAUGUGCAGAAAGCAGAAGAGCAGGAAGAAAAACUAACGAAUGUCUUUCGUCAGCAACAAAAAGUUUUUCAGCAGGCAAGAAUAGUUCAAAGUCAGAGGCUGAAAACCAUUAAGCAACUCUACGAUCAAUUCUUAAAGAGCAUGGAAGAGCUGGAGAAGAGCAAUGAAAAUCUUCUAGCUGGAGCACAAAGCGAACUUCGCAAGGAGAUGGCUAUGUUGCAGAAGAAGAUUAUGAUGGACACACAACAGCAGGAGAUGGCAACUGUUCGCAAGUCUCUUCAGUCCAUGUUAUUCUGAUGGCUCAGUGGAGAAACAACUUGUACCUAAGUAACAUGAUACAGGUAUAGGCAUUAGCCAUGG